UCAAUUCAAUUGUCAGUUGUGCAACAAAAGCGAAGUGUUGAAGCGAAGACACAUUGUUGUUUCUAAUGUGGCAUUAUAUGAUAAAGUUAAAUCAACACAGUAUUUGUUGAAUUAUUGAAAGAACCUUAUCACACAAGUGCAUCAUUUACGUUUGUUUACGAUCAACCGUUGGUGUAAUAAUAAGGAUUUAAUUUAAAAAAUGUAACCACUGGCUUAUUAAGCGACCCAAACGAACUGUGUAUAUACAUUAUGAAAUCCUGAACUUUACCAAGAAACAAAAAUGAAAUCUAGCAUGAUGUAGCAGAACCAUAAUGUUUUUAUCAACACAACAGACAACACCGGCAGUACCUAAUAAAAAAUGAACUAUUAUUGUUACCCACAGCAAGUGUUCAUGCUACAAUUAUUUUAAUCGUGACAGUAAAUAAUGAAAAACAUUUCGAAAAUAUCACUACCAGUGCAAAGAGUUCUUAUUCACGGAUCCGAUUUGGUAUUCUUAAAAAUCGUGCAAAAAUUAAAAGGUUUUCUACGUUAGUAAUAACAAUAACUAUCCUUUUUCCACGUCUGCCAUGGAAAACGUUUACAAAAUCAAGGUCCGCACAAACCCGGACCCAAACUGGCUCUACCCUUCUGAAAGAAGAUAUUCUGCAAGCACAGUGUUAGGACUAGGGGUAGUCCAUUUAGCCCUAGCUCUAACCGCUCUUCUCUUAGCGUGCUUAACCCUUGCAGCAUCUCAAAGACUUAGCAUCGAAGACCAAGAAGUUACCAAUAGUGGGAUAGAAGAAUCGAAAAUGACCGAACCCAAUAACCAAAACGCAUCGCUAGAAGAAAAUGCUCAUCUACACUGUGAUUCUGUACUUAAUUUGACCUUAGCCCCUUGUAUAAUGUGUUUGGGAGCUUUAGCUGCAGGUUUGACUGCAUUACUCGCCUGGAAGAGGUGGUACAUAGACCAAAACAUCAAAUGGUUUUUCAUCAUGUCCAUAUUUUCGUCACUAACAGCUUCGGUGUGCCUGAUAGCGAUAGCUAUAACUAUGGCAAUGGCAUCAGAAGCAUUACAUAUUAUGGACACAUUUUCUACCAAAAAUCACCAUGCACCUAGUUUAAAAUUGGUUGUAGCUGUGAACGUAUUCAUUGCUUCCGUUUUGGAGUUCACCUGGUCCAUUUUGUCUUCGAAAAUAGCCUACAAAGGGAUGAUCAAUGACUAUCCAGAUGAUAUCGUCAUUUCGAAACAAGGAGGACGGAAACAAAUAAGUACCGUACGGAAAGGAAAUUGUAAAGGAAAACUGAUGCCACCUGACAUUUUAAAUCAUUUUCCGUUUGGAGGAGUGUUUUCCAAAUAUUUUCCGAAUAAAAAAGAAAACGAAUAUUUGCCCAAAGAAGAAAGUCACUCGGAGUAUCAAGAAAGAGUUCACAAAUUUUUAGCCUCACAAAAUAGUAUGACUGAAAGCAUCAGGUAAAAUGUAAGGAAAAAAUAAAUAAAAAAACGACCAAUUAUAGACUGAUAGAAUACGAAUUUAAGUUACGUACAUUUAUUGUAAAAUUUAAAUAUUAUUAAUAAAUAAUUUUGAUCACUUACUUCAUAAUAA